CAUGUUAUUUGCAGUUCACAGUUUGCCUUGCGGUCAUAUCUUUAUAUCCUACUUCACAAACUGGUGGGUUGGCCUGCUUCAUUGUGGUUUGGGGAGGAGAAGGUGAGAGUAUUUUAUGCUGUGAGAAUCUUUCUUGCAGUGCUCUCUGUGAUCAGCGAUGCUGCUCUAGUUGUAGCCCUUUCCCGGAAGUAUGGAAAGCGUCUUGCAUCAUAUACACUCGCAAUGCUAUGCUUAGCAAGUGGUUGUUUCUUUGCUAGCACGAGUUUCCUGCCGAGUUCAUUCUCAAUGUAUGCCAUGUCUCUUUCUUCAGCACUAUUCCUCCUUAAUAAGCCUGCCAUGGCAGUUUCUGUUGCUGCCACUGGAGUGAUUCUGGGCUGGCCGUUUUCGAUCCUUGCUUUUCUUCCACUGACAAUUUACUCACUGGUUAAGAGAUUCAAAUCUGUGUUUCUUACAGGUGUUGUCACUUCUGUCAUCCUUAUGGUACUCUCACUUCUUGUUGACUACCGCUACUAUAAGAGGUGGACAUCCUCUGUUAUCAACUUGAUGGUAUACAAUGUUUUAGGGGGUGGUGAAAGUCAUCUCUAUGGUACUGAAGGGCCAUCGUUUUAUUUGAGGAAUGGCUUUAACAAUUUCAACUUCUGUUUUGUGUUUGCUCUACUGUUCUUAGNAGAGGAAAUAAGUAUAUUGAAAGUUGUAACAUGAACUGCAAAUUGGAAUCUGAUGUAGCAACUCAUAGUUUACUGCCUGUGCAGAUUUCUGUACCCAAUAUAUCCACUUAUCUGUGUUGCUGCUUCUGCUGUGAUUGAGAGCUUUCCUGAUCUGUUCAGGGAUAAGUAUAAUCCCAACGAUACAUCCGUUCUAGUUAUGAUAGCAAAAUUUCUCCGACCUCUAGCUCUUGGUUUGAUUCUUUGUUCCUCCCAUGCUCGGACAUUUUCCCUUAUUAAUGGUUAUUCAGCUCCUAUUGAGAUUUACAAGCAUUUAGACUACUACGAUGACGCUGGAACAGGUUCUGUCCUUUGCGUUGGAAGUGAGUGGCACCGGUUCCCUUCUUCGUUCCUCAUUCCUGAUUACGUGGGCCAAGUUAGAUGGUUGGAUGAUGGAUUCACGGGCCUUCUUCCAAUUCCAUUCAAUUCUAGCUUGGGUGGGACCUCGGCAGCACCAUCUUACUUCAAUAAUAAGAACAAGGCAUCAGAGGAGCAAUAUCUUACGGAUCCUGAGCAAUGCACUUUUCUGAUAGAGCUGCAACUUCAACGGCCUUAUCCUACACGAGGAAGUGACUUGUCUACAUGGGAGAUUGUUGCAGCACUUCCAUAUCUGGACAGGGAGUUAUCUCCUCCAUUGUAUCGGUCGUUCUUUAUUCCAUAUCACUGGCAGCAGAAGAAUGUAUUUGGCCAGUACAGAUUACUUAGGAGAAUACCAAAGUGAUUGCAGAUGUACAAGCUGAAUUUUCUAUUGUCCAGCAACUUUUGAUGUGCCUGAGCUUUAGUAGUUUAAAAUCGACUAGGUCACAUUUGUAGUCUGAUACUAGCUAGUAGCUCUUGUAAGAGCGGCCAGUUGAUUUUGGUAAUUGGAUCAAAUUUUCCAUUAGUUUGAAAGUCAGAUUUUGUACUCUUUUUGUCAGUGUAGAUUACACAGAUGAAUGUUUGAACUUUAAUGUGGAAGCAAGAUGUCAAAGUCUUUUAUCGGCA